AUGUAUAAUAAUAAUAAUAAAAGAAAAAUAAAUAGUGUUGAAAACAGUAACGAUAUAGAUGAUAAUAAUGAUAAUAAUGAAAAUAAUGAUAUAAAUGAUAUAAAUAAUAAUGUCGAUUUCUGCAUUAAUAAAUAUAAAAAAGUCAAAUAUGAAGAAAUUGAAACCUCAGAAUUAAAUAUCAUUGCAAAAUCAUUAGAUUUAGAAUUUAUAAACCUAAGUAAAAAAGAUAUUUACGAUAGAGUUGGUGAAAUAUUACAAAUUAAAGAAAAUAUUUUAAAAGAAAGCAAUAUAAACUCAUUCAAUAAGGAACAACCCAAAUUAUUAAACUUAGAAAUCGAUGCAUUAGAACAUUUAUUCUGGCGUGUAAUAAGAAACAAAGCAAUAUUCAAGAAAAUUUUUUCAAAUUUUAUUUUCAGUCAUAUAAAAACGUAUAAUCAAAUUUAUCACAUUAGCCAUAUAUUUUACCGUUUCAGUAAUGCAGAGGCAAUUAUUAAAGAUAAAAUCAAAAGUAAUAGCUAUUUAUCACUUGAUGUAAUCAAUACGGGUAAUCCCAUCUUCUCAAUUAUAAACAAAGAUAAUCAAGAGAAUAGACAAUUUUAUAGAACUUUUUUUGAAAUCUAUUCAAAACAUUUUACCCUAGACAAGCAUCUAACUUUAAAUAUGUUAUUAUCACAUUCAAAUAUUGCAGCAUUAACAGUAUUUUUAGAUUAUUCUCAAACUAUUUUAGAUCUAACAAAUGAAAAUAUAGAUAUUUUACCAAUCGGUCUCCUUACUGCUCAAUCAUUCGAGUUUUAUGGUUUCCUUAAAGAGAAUUAUAAAGUUCCAUCAAAAUAUAACCCUUCAAUUUUACUAAAAAUUUUUAAAAAAAAUUUUAAAAUCAAUCAACUUUUUAAAGUUAUUAAAAUAAUAGUAAAUCAUUUUAAAGUUAACCAAAAAUAUUAUAUUAGUCCAAAAAAUAUUGAUUCAAUUAAAGAUCUAUUUACAAAAGAACAAUUAAAUUUCGAUAUUAUAAAAUUUAUAAAAAAUAUUAAUAAAGAAAAUUAUAAAAAUAACAAUAACAAUAACAAUAACAAUAAUAAUAAUAAUAAUAUGAAUAAAAUUAUUGAAAAUAAUAAUUUAAAAAAAAUAAUUCAAAACUUUAUAAAGCUAUUUUAUUCAAUUAAUCGAAAAAACAAACCAAUUAUAUAUUAUAUAUUAUUCAAAAAUAGAGAAAAAUCAAUAGGAAAAUCAAAACAAUUCUCUUUAAAAUAUUUGGAUUUUUACUCUGAUCUUAUCGUUUAUGGUAGUGAUACAAGAGGUAUUGAAGAAAGAUUUCAAUUUUAUUCAGAACAUUUGUUAUUUUUCAAAGAUGAAUCCAUAGAAAAAGAAAUUUUUCAUUUGUUUGUAAAAAGUGGCCAAGUUGAAUUAAUUGACAUGAUUUUGAAGGCAAAUUUAGUACAGAUUAGUGCUCAUGGUAUAUUGGCAUCUGCUAAACAUACACAAACACUAGAUUACUUUUUUAAAAACCAUCAAGAUCAUUUAUACCAAAAUAGGAAUCAAUAUUGGGUGUCAAUUGCAAAUAAAGAUCAAUUAGAAUAUUAUGAAAAUCAAAUAGAGUCACUUGGAAGAAAAUUAUUAAUAGAUAAAAUCAAUUCAAGUUUCCUUAAUUCACCAAAAACAUUAAAAUUUUUAUUAAGAGCCCUCAACAAACCAAAUCUUUAUGAAAUCUCAGAAAUGUGUGAUAUUUUAGAAUCGUAUAAACAAUGUAUCAAUACAUACCUACUUCUAAAAAAAAAACAAGAACCUAUAAUAGAGCUAUUUAAAACUUCAAAAUCCAAAUAUUUUAGUCUUUUGUUCCUAGAUGGUCAUCCAAAUGAAUACCAAAAAAUAGCCUAUUGGAUUUUUAAUAAUUGCUCAGAUAUAAAUAUUGGAGAGGGUACUAUAGAACUUAAUGUGGCAACUGGUAGAGAUAAAUCAAUCAGGUUUCAACUCUCCCGCCAAUUAUUUUUAGUUUUUUUAAGAUUAUGUGGCCUUUACGAUCAAAUAUUUAAAUUAGAACAUCAAUAUGAUAUUUACUAUAACAUCCUUAUAAAGACAGAAAACUGCAACCUUGGCAUUAUUGAAGAGCUUUUAAAACACCAUUCCGACAAAUUAAGAAGCAUUCCUCCGGAAUUUAAUUUUAAUUAUUACUUUACAGGUUUUUUAAAAGAUUGCGCAGCAUUUGGUAAUCUUUCAGUAUUCAACUUUUUAGCUCUAAAAUAA